CUAAGUCGUUCGUGGACAUUUUGUUGGACAGAUUAUUCCAUUUUUAUGAGUUUCGCGUACAAUCCCCUUCCUCCUAAGAGCAAUUUUGGAAUCGUGAAUGAGAAAUUACUUACCAAAAUUUAAUUUUUUGAGAAUCAUAAUCAUUUAUCACGUAAAGAAUUUGUAAAAUCCUGUGAAGACCAGUUAACUAUAAAAGAAACAAGUUGUAAAUACCGAUUUAUCAACAAAUUAAACUAUAUUUUGAAAGGACAAGAAAAUCAAUUAUGGAAAAUAAAAAAAAAAAUAUUGUCUUUACUCAACUUCCAGCGAGUUCAAAUUCUGUCAAAAACACAAAUAUCAGUUAUACAUCUAGUUCACAAGAAAGUAAGUCUUUAAAAGCUAUCAAGUCUCCGAGUUUGCAACGUCCUGAUUUUCUAAAUAACUACAAUGUGACUGGAAAUUCGAAGUUCGAUAAACUGACAUAUGUUAAAAAAAUUGAAAACGAAUAUAAAAAAAUAAAUUCAAAUUUAAAUGAAGAGGUAGUUGGUAUCAAAAAGAGGAAAAAUGAGUAUAAGGAAAAGAGUAAACAACCUCAUAAUAAGCGACCCAUGAAAUCUAAAUCAAAUUCUGUCAAAAACACAAAUAUCAGUUAUACAUCUAGUUCACAAGAAAGCAAGUCUUUAAAAGCUAUCAAGUCUCCGAGUUUGCAACGUCCUGAUUUGCUAGAUAACUACAAUGUGACUGGAAAUUCGAAGUUCGAUAAACUGACAUAUGUUAAAAAAAUUGAAAACGAAUAUAAAAAAAUAAAUUCAAAUUUAAAUGAAGAGGUAGUUGGUAUCAAAAAGAGGGAAAAGGAGUAUAAGGAAAAGAGUAAACAACCUCAUAAUAAGCGACCCAUGCAAUCUAAAUCAAAUUCUGUCAAAAACACAAAUAUCAGUUAUACAUCUAGUUCACAAGAAAGCAAGUCUUUAAAAGCUAUCAAGUCUCCGAGUUUGCAACGUCCUGAUUUGCUAGAUAACUACAAUGUGACUGGAAAUUCGAAGUUCAAUAAACUGACAUAUGUUAAAAAAAUUGAAAACGAAUAUAAAAAAAUAAAUUCAAAUUUUAAUGAAGAGGUAGUUGGUAUCAAAAAGAGGAAAAAGAAGUAUAAGAAAAAGAGUAAACAACCUCAUAAUAAGCCACCCAUGAAAUCUAAUUCUGAAAGUUCACCUAAAGAGAAUAAACAUCCUAUCGCUGGUACGUCAAAAGGAGAAGAACAAAUGGAACAUACUCAUGAGUUAUCUGUAAAUAAAAAUACUAAUUUAAACAAUGAUCUAAAAGAAAACGAAAAGGAUGAUAUAAGUGAAGAGGAUGCUGGUAUCAAAAAGACGAAAAAGAAGCAUAAGAAAAAGAGUAAACAACGUAAAAAUAAGCGACUCAUGAAAGCUGCAUUGAAGUCAAUGCCACAAUUGUAAUCUUAUGGGUCCAAUGAACGAAAUAAUUUUUAGUAAUAUUGAUGACCGAAAAAUAAGAAAAUAGAUUAAAAGGCAUGUAAGUGGAUCCACGCAAGCCUGAUUAUUUUAUCAAGUUAUCACUUUUUUAGCUACUGAUUUAGUCUAAUAUUAUUAGUUAAUUUUAAUUGUGUGUAAUUUGUAUGUUUUUUGCUGUAU